AUGGCAAGACCAACAUUUUCAAAGAGAGCUGGCUCUGUAAGAAGACCAUUCGACAAGCAAAGGCUUAUUAACGAGAUGAAGUACGUAGGAGAGUAUGGGCUAAAGUCCAAGAGAGAACUCAGAGUGCUUGAGAAGAUAUUCCACGACGUAAAGAAAAGAGCAAAGGAUCUUCUUAUACACACAGACGAAGACUACCAGAUGGUGCAGGGAAGAGCACUGCUUCACAGACUAGAGAAGCAGGGCCUCAUCACUGGAAUCAACUACCAGUCCAAGAAGUCUAUUAUUACCGAGCUUGAGAAGGUUCUAGAUUUAAACAUCACAGCUCUGCUCAACAGAAGACUCCAGACAAUGGUAAUGAACCUAGGCCUUGCAAAGAGCAUUCACCGCGCACGUGUUCUGAUCUACCAGAGACACAUAACAGUAAACGGUGCUAUUGUUGACAAGCCAGGAUUUAUUGUUGCUGCCGAGAGCGAAGGAUACAUAGAGAUCUCACCCAACUCUGCACUGAUGGGCGCCAAGCUUGGAAGAACUGCAAAGAAGGCCGCCAGAGCAGCUGCUGAAUAA